UGCCCCUGAACCCAUCUGGCUGUGGAGCUUGGUAUUCAAUCGUUUGCGCGGCAAUUCCAACACUUCAUUUUUGACCGACAGAGAUAAUGGCAUGCAAACAGUAAUUUUUUUUGCACCUCUUUGUUGCUGGUGCACGUCUUUUUGUUGCAUGCAAACAAGCUUGUUUUCCUUUGGAUGGUUUUUUUCUGGGGCGCGUUUGUGUACGUCUGACCGACGUUCAAACAACACCCCACUCUAUCUUCCACCCGUACACAAUAACUUCGGUUCGCCUUUUGCAAGAAUUGAUCUUCAUACCUUGCUUACGCAAAGUUCAUCUUCGUUGAGAUUUACAUAUCCGUAAUUAUUAAUGGUUUUUUGCGCCUAAUCAUACCAUCCAAACCCGUCGAUAUCGAGGCGCCACCAGCCCUAAGUGGUCGCCAACCCAACCUUCAAGUUCGCCAUAGCAGAAUCGACGACCUUACGCGCUCGAACAUUAGACACAGGCACUCCGGUCGCUAUUUUCGGUCGCGUGCAACUUGGCCGAAGCCUCCCGGGACGCAUACAAAGCGACGAACCCGAAGCGCGUUUGUCUGCCUUCGAUCUGGGGUGGCAAAGGUACCUUUGGUCCUGAGCCUCCUCCUUAGCCUGAUCCCAUGGCUUGGCAUGUCAGGUAGCAGUCCACGAGCAUAGUCGAAUGUCACGGCCCUUGGCGCAAUCCGCUGCCAUGGCUCCCGGUAGCAGCGGUGCCAACGUCGCAGCACUGUUAAGACAAGCAGUGCUAUACCACCUCGACAAUAGCGCACACGAAAAUGCGCUCUUCUUUGCCGAAAGACUUGCUGCUCAGGACCCUCGAUCCCCAGAAUCGGCUUUUCUCCUGGCACUAUGUCAUUUCCGCUUGGGAGAUUUUCUGUCUGCGCACGAUGCCAGCAAAGACGAUCUGAAGGGAGCAGGCCUUCGAAGUCUACAUAUAGGGCGUGCCUACAUAUUUGCGCAGAGCUGCUUGGCGUUAGAAAGAUAUCGCGACGGGGCUAUCGCGUUAGAGAGGUGUCGACCGCAAUGGCCGCACAAAACCACUUUUGGGAAACACACGGCCUCCACGCGCAGCCUCAUACCUGAUGCUGCCGCGCUCAACUGUCUUCUGGGCAAGCUCUAUCAGGGGCUCGAGGACAAAAACAGGGCUGUAUCCUGCUUCGAGGAUGCACUGAAGCUGAACCCGUUCAUGUGGGAUGCAUUCACGUCAUUAUGUGACAUGGGUGUUCACAUCAAGGUUCCGAACAUAUUCAAGGUCACCGAUAAGCUUGUCCGGGCUGUUGAUUCGGACGAUAAAGCCACGGUCAACGACAAGGAACCUUCUUCAUCAGCUCCGUCAGAGCCGCUGCCAAGAAAGUCAGCUUUGCGUUCGGCCCCCACCGACACGUCAGAUCCCUUCGAUCAACCAAGAGCAGUCGCCUUUCAGGAUAGACAAGCGCUCGGGAACCUUGUAGCUGCUGAGGCCGAAGAGAAUGAGUUUCUCCAAAAGAUUGCAGCCGCUCGCUCUAGGAUGGCAGCUGCUUCAGGACCAAGUGGAGCGAGUGAUCUCCUAGAUACUCCUCCAGCUCCUUCGGCUCCGGUGGAGAUGAACGCCUCGCGUGGAGGUGCUCAUCACGAGCCUCCGCACGCGCCUAUGCGCAAAACUAGGGCAGCGCAUACUAUCGAACCCGCCCCUUCAGAUGCUCCGCCAAGGAUGGGAUAUCGUGGCAUCACUAAACGAAGAGCAAAUUUGGAUCCCAACGCAGAGGUCGCUCCAGCCACAGAGCAGCCAGCUUCCCAGAUGCUCAGAACCUCAGCCUCGUCACUUUUGGGAGCUGAACAGAGGAAGCGGACCAUAUCUGGACAUCCAGUCCAAUCCAGGCCAGGUGUUACUGAAGAACCUGGAGCACCGCAGAGGAGAAGUGCCAGGCUCAACAUGUUCAAACAGCCCUCUACCGCUAAGCCGAACGCUGCAACUGCCCCCAUUACCACCACAUCUACGAGGGAAAUGAAGAAAGCCAGACCAGCCAUCUCGAGAAUCAUGCGCCCAGGGAGUAGCGGUUCUAGCGUUGGGAGAGUUGUGAGCGGGAACAGGAAACCAGUGGAGGAAAAUACCAUGGACGUUGAUCACGUCGAGCCUCCGAAGAUGAGAGAUGCCGUUCAACCACCUCUAGGACCUACAAGAACACUCGAAGUUGACGGCCACAGCACAGCAAGGUUAGAAGAAGCCUUGCGGUUGUUGAUGGAUCUUCUCAAACGCCUGGGAACAGGAUAUUUAGCUCUCUCGCAGUACCAGUGCAGCGAAGCUGUGCAAGCUUUCAGCUCGAUACCGCGAGCUCAUGUUGACACACCAUGGGUCUUAGCUCACAUCGGGCGCGCUCAGUAUGAACAGACUAAGUAUGCUGAAGCAGAGGCCUCUUUUAAGCGCUUAAGAAUAUUGGCACCGAAUCGGUUGGAAGACAUGGAGGUCUAUUCCACGGUACUUUGGCACCUGAAGAAGGAAACAGAGGCUUCAUUUUUGGCACACGAGCUUGUCGACAUUGCAUGGCAUUCACCGCACGCAUGGUGCGCCCUGGGAAAUGCAUGGUCGCUGGCGUCAGAUCGUGAACAAGCACUGCGGUGCUUCAAGCGUGCCACGCAACUCGACGCAAAGUUCGCGUAUGCCUACACACUUCAGGGACAUGAGCACUUUGUUAGUGAAGAAUACGAUAAGGCGUUGACAUCAUACCGGCACGCCAUCGCUGCUGAUCGCCGCCAUUACAAUGCCUACUAUGGUAUCGGAAGAGUGUACGAGAAACUUGGCAACUACGACAAAGCAUACACACACUUCCAUGCGGCCUCGGUGAUUCACCCGACCAACGCUGUUCUGAUUUGCUGCAUCGGUACGGCACUGGAGAAACAAAAGCAAGUUGUACAGGCCCUGCAGUUCUUCACGAAGGCAACCGAACUGGCACCGCGGGCAGCACAAACACGCUUCAUGAAAGCGCGUGCUCUUUUGGCUUUGGGACAAUUACACGAGGCGCAGAAAGAGCUCAUGAUUCUUAAGGACCUCGCGCCGGACGAGGCGACUGUGCAUUUCCUACUUGGAAAGCUCUACAAAACACUUAACGACAAGAACACGGCGGUCCAUCACUUUACGAUUGCACUGAGUUUGGAUCCAAAGGCCAGCCAAUUGAUCAAAAAGGCCAUAGAAAGUCUCGAGGAUGAUGAAUGUUAUGACGACUCCAUGGUGCAAUGACAAUAACAACGUUGCACCAGUGCGGGCGAAAGCUACGGCUUUCUCCUAUCACUUGCCACGAAUGUAUAUAACCGACUCUGCGAUGAAACUAGUCACCCCAUCAGCCCAGUUGGCAGCGCGAAGACCAGUGGGAUGUUGCUGCACGGCGUCUGGGAAACGAUACAGGAAGAUAUGAACCAUUGAUCAUUUCAAUCCAUGGAUAUGCAGCAUUGCAUUGGCGUUCUGGACACGACAUUUGUUGGGAAGCAAGUAAUUUGGGAUUGUUUCUGGGCCACUGCGAUCUGAGGAGAGCCGUGGGAUGGGACGGAAGGGCGACUGGAUCAAGAGAUAGUUGGGUAAGGCUCUGACUAUGCGGCUAAAUUCCCGGGGAAGCGGUCUUUGUUUUUUUGGGCGUAGGGCGGACGACACCCCAUGAGCAUUAUGUUACAGCAUUGCGUCUUUUUCCCAUUGUCUUGGUUUAUUUUAUUCGGCAUUCGGGGUUUGAAACGACAAAGGUCCGGGUGAGGUGGGUUAAGCAGUACAGAGAAGAGAGCCUGUGUUCAUGCACUUACCUUGACAUAACAAGUCCCUCCCCUUGAAAAACACUUUAGCUUUAGUGCACACAUUAGUGCAACA